UACUACCUACCUACCUACCUACAUAUUCUGUACAUACCAGGUGGGUAGAUACCUACCCAGGAUUCAACGUUCCAGAUCACCUAUUAUUCUUCAUUCAGGGUCUCGAAAACGAAAGCAACCAUUAUAAACUUUAAACUUCUCCCAAAAAAGUUACCUUCCGAAAUAGCAUGAGGUCGUGAUGGCUACAGUUGCAGAACGCUACGACGCGCUACUUCGGUGGGUAGAGGACGACGGAGGGAGUCUGAAUACCGCCAUCGAGAUCUAUUAUGACGACCUCACUAAAGCAUCUUUCCGUGUGAAAGACUCAUGUUCACUUGGAGUAGAUGACCCUAUCGUCACUCUCCCACUUUCGAAAUCCCUCUCAUAUAUUAAUGCUAUUGACAAUCACCCGGAUUUCGCAUCUUUUUCUCUAGGCGACGUGAAUCGUGAGGACACACCCUACUUCCCAACCGAGUUUCUAAAGACGACACCUCCGCACAUCGCCGGCCGGUUCUUUCUCAUGCAACAACACCUUCUCGGGUCCAAAUCUAAAUGGUGGCCGUAUAUACGAACUUUACCUCAGCCCGAACACAUGGGUAGCAUUCUUCCUGCCAUGUGGCCAUCGGACGAUAUCGACUUCCUGAAGGGGACCAAUGCCUUCUCGGCCAUUCAGGAUAUAAAAUCCACCUUGAAGAAAGAGUACAAGCGCGCUAUAAAGUUGCUGCCGGAAAGCUACCACUCGGAGUAUACUCGACCGCUGUACUAUUGGGCUUAUGGUAUUUUUACGAGCCGUAGUUUUCGCCCUUCGCUCAUUCUCCCGUCGCAAACUUCGUCUAGCCUCCCUUGCGAUGUAGACGACUUCUCAGUAUUACUUCCUUUAUACGAUAUCGGAAAUCACUCGCCAUUGGCUAAAAUUGCGUGGACCACCGACGAACAAGCCCAGCUGUGCAUACUUAGAUGUAGGCAAACAUAUUCGAAUGGGGAACAAGUGUUUAAUAACUAUGGCAUGAAGACUAACGUCGAGUUGCUUCUUGGCUAUGGAUUUGUGAUUCCAGAAGACGACAGCUUCCACAAUGAUUAUAUCCAUAUCCAGACAAAGGCGGAUCCAGAAGCAGGCGACCUGGCUGCUACGCAUGUCGUCUCACUGAGACCUAUGACACACCAGAGCUCUUUAGUAGGAAGGUCAAGACUCCUGAGCGCGGACUCACUCGGCUGUCUUCCCUGCUUUUCGCACAUUCAAGAUACCCUCAUUCUUGCCCUCUACGAGACCAUCACAAAGGGAGAAAGCGAAACAAACAACGCCAGCCUGAGCGAAAUUAUGCGGGGAGAAAUCGCGGAUGAUGUUCUCAGGAAAAUUAUUGACUCGCUAGGUUCGAAGUUGAGUAUUGAUCUGGAGGACUUGGAAAUGAGCGAGCCCGAGUACGAGGCUACUAAUCGUAACCAGCAACUCGUCGUACACUAUCGUGAGCAAUGUGGAAAAGUGUUGGAAAAUGUGCUUCGGAGCUUAAUGACGGGAUAAGAUUUCGUUCAAAGGCAGAUGUACCAGAUGUACCAGAUGCACAAGUUUGCCGGCUCGUACAGGUGCUCAAAAUCGAUCAAUUCACUGUCAAACUCCAAACUAGGGGUAUCAAAAUGCAAUCUGCCGCCGACGCCCAAUAAUACCGGAGCACACCCCCCCUUUUUUUAUGACCCAAAACAUUCUUCAUAAAUAGAGGAUGUGCUCACCCUCCGACACGC